GGCGCAUCGGGUGAUAAAUGGCUGGUAGAGUGGAGGUGCUUUGACCGUGCGGACUGACUUUGGACCGGACACUUCUGUUGGGCCCUGUUACACAUUACCACUAGAGGACAGACUGUAAACAAGCGCCAGUGAAAAUAGCUCCUCACCGGCAGAUCUGCCUGUACCUGAACCCACAAGUGUGGGGAGUCUUUAUCUCCUCGCGGCCCGACGUGGCCCCACUCUGUCUGAAAGCUGCAGGUCCCAUCUCCUUCCAGCAUGACGGUUGCUACCAGCGACCCUGCCGACGAAGCAGCAGCACACCCGGGUCAGCCUCAUGACCAGUACGACCCAGAGCCGGAUCAUGAGUGCUGCGAGAGGGUCGUCAUCAACAUCUCAGGCUUGCGCUUUGAGACGCAGCUCAAGACCCUCUCCCAGUUUCCAGAGACGCUGCUGGGUGAUCCCAAAAAGAGGAUGAGGUAUUUUGAUCCUCUCCGGAACGAGUACUUUUUUGACCGGAAUCGACCAAGUUUUGAUGCUAUUCUGUAUUAUUACCAGUCAGGAGGGAGGCUGCGUCGGCCUGUUAAUGUGACCCUGGACAUUUUUUCGGAGGAAAUCCGGUUUUAUGAGUUAGGUGAGGAGGCAAUGGAAAUCUUCAGGGAGGAUGAAGGUUUCAUAAAGGAGGAGGAACGGCCUCUGCCAGAGAAUGAAUUUCAGAGACAAGUGUGGCUGCUGUUUGAAUAUCCAGAGAGCUCAGGUCCUGCUCGCAUCAUUGCCAUCAUCUCUGUCAUGGUGAUUCUUAUCUCUAUUGUCAGCUUCUGUCUAGAGACACUGCCAGUUUUCCGAAAUGAUGAUGAGGAGAUGUACAAGUAUUCACCCCAGUCCAUGUACAAUGCCACCUCUACCUCUGAUAGCACAACAUAUUUUACAGAUCCGUUCUUCAUCGUGGAGACCCUCUGCAUCAUCUGGUUCUCUUUUGAGUUCCUAGUUAGGUUCUUUGCUUGUCCCAGUAAAGCUGGAUUUUUUGGCAACAUCAUGAAUAUCAUUGAUAUUGUGGCAAUCAUCCCCUACUUCAUCACACUGGGCACAGAGCUAGCAGAGAGACCAGAGGACAGCCAGGCAGGCCAGCAGGCUAUGUCUUUGGCUAUUCUCCGUGUCAUUCGUCUAGUCAGGGUGUUUCGUAUAUUCAAACUUUCACGUCACUCCAAGGGGCUCCAGAUCUUGGGACAGACUCUGAAGGCCAGUAUGCGUGAGCUGGGCCUCCUCAUCUUCUUCCUGUUUAUCGGUGUGAUCCUCUUCUCCAGUGCUGUCUACUUUGCAGAAGCAGACGAGCCACAUUCCCAGUUCAGCAGCAUCCCUGAGGCCUUUUGGUGGGCCGUGGUUUCCAUGACCACUGUAGGCUAUGGAGACAUGGUCCCAACAACCAUCGGAGGAAAGAUUGUGGGGUCUCUCUGUGCAAUUGCUGGUGUGCUGACUAUUGCCCUGCCUGUACCUGUCAUCGUGUCAAAUUUCAACUACUUCUACCACAGAGAGACGGAGGGUGAGGAGCAGGCACAGUAUCUGAAUAUCCCAAGUGUACCUAAAGCCAGCUCAGCUGACGAUCUGAAGAAGAGUGGGCGGAGCGGCAGUGGAUCCACUCUCAGUAAAUCAGACUAUGUGGAGAUCCAGGAGGCUGUGAAUCACAGCACUGAGGACUUCAGACCAGAGGCCAUGAAAACAGGAAACUGCACCCUUUCCAACACUAACUACGUAAAUAUCACUAAGAUGCGUACAGAUGUAUAGUGUGAGCUACUGUGGAUGGUUAACUUCAGCUGGAGUCCACAAGGACUGUAACUGGGGAAGGGAAGUGUGACUCCCUGUAUUGACCUACGCAUGGUGCCCAGUAUGGGAGACCAGAGCAGAUGUGAGAUGAACUUGGAGAAAAGGUCAGUAGAGGAUCUGAUGUUCUCCCACAUCCUAUGGACCUAUCAUUGCAUAUCAUAGAACUGCCCCUUGUCUUAUUUAGGACAUUGUCAGUGUCUGCAUGGAGUUAGUCUUACCUGUAUGACUAUAGUCGUCCUGCUCGCAACAGUAGCCAAAUAGUAGCCUAACCAGUAAUAAUCAAUAUUAACAGUGUAAAGGGACCACAAGUUUCUACCUUCUUGCUCAAGCUGCCGUCGGGAGAAGAUGCUCAAUAACAAUAAUUUAGAUCGGUGUAAUCUUUAUUUUUAAAUGUAACUUAACUUAUUAACUUGUCAUUAAAAACAGGCCAUACGAUCAGCAUUCAUGAGCAAUGGAAAUCUGUUGCUCUAACUGCCAAGGUCCUGACUCAGAGGAAAAAAAAUCUCCAAGAUCAGAGCUGUUCUAUCAGGGGAAAAGUGCAAGACGUCAUUUGUUGUUUUCUCUGUCAGAGAAAAAACCUGAAUGCACUAGCUUUACUUACUUGGCCCUCACCAGAUAUUGUCUAGUGCAAGCUAGUGGCCUCUUUGGAGACCAACAGAUAUAUGACAGUGCUGUUCUGUGAUUCUGGACCACAACAGGACGCCACGUUCUUUUUCCUGCCAUUUUUCUUUCUUUGAUGAAGCUCAAGUGGAUUUACCACAUGUACACAUUCGCCAAGACUCUGCCUUUUUUUUCCCCCAGCCAAUGAUGGCUAGUAGGUGGACAGAAAAAAUGUCUCUCUAAACAAAGUGAAUGUAUUAUUUAUUGUUGUAUGUUCAUUUGAUUUAUUGUAAUGUGUUCUUUUUUAGUAAUAUGAUGAAUGUGUGCUUCUCACCUACAUUUUUAUGGUUGAGACACUCAGUGUAGAAAGACUGUGAAUAUUUUCUCUGUAGUGUUCUGAGUGAGUGCCUAUUUCUCCAUCCUGUACCUUCAAGACUUUCUUUAGCUGCCACCUCCUCCACUGUAACAGUGAGUAGUGCUUAAUUUGACACCACUGCCCAGCAUAAAUGUUGCUGUUCUUGACUUCAUAGCAUUCCAUGUUUGUAGAUCAAAUUAGAUCAAGGAGCAAACUUGGGUGAGAUUCUAGUUUGCUGUUUUUGUCAGAAGCUGAUUUCAUAAUCCAUUAAGGCUUUUAUUAACCCUAAAAGUUUCAAAUGACCAAAUGCCCGCAAUUGAAGAAAGACCUCAGUGAUCCACUAAAAUUAAACUAUGAGCUCUGUAAGGUCCAUCUGUUUUCAUACCAGCAAUGCCAGCUACUGCAAGCUUGCUUAUGACAUCCAGGAUCUCAUUAGCAAUACCUGUAAAUUUGAUUGAUCUUACCUAAUGAAACUGAUAAAUCAUUUUAGCCUGUGUUGUGCUCUCUCCCAUAUAUUUCUCCCUGUAAGCAAUACAUCAAAAUUGAAAUGGAAUAAGUUAAAAGCAACAAAAAUGUUUUUCAGUGAUGUUAGAUUUUACAGUGUUGUAAGCUCAAUUAUAAGGUCACCAAAGACAAACAUGCUGUCAUCUGGAAUAUUGUGUCUUGGGUUGGAAAAGAGAUUAAUUCUAUCUCAGAACUUUUUUUUUUUUUCAUCCACGUAGUUUGAACAUUCCAUUGGUGCAUUUUGCCCACAUAAUGCAGGACCUAGAGUCCUAGAGUAUGUGUCCUUUAUUAGCUUUUAAUCAAACAGAUGCUGUUCUGCUAUUAUAGGACUGCAUGUCCUUUCAAGUAUUCAUUGUAGCAUGCAUUAGUAUGAGUAAUACUUAAAAGGCAAAUUUACUUAAAUAUAUCCCUAUAUUUCUAGUGAUACUGGCGCUAUGUGCAAUAUAUGAAAGGCAAGUGUCUUGUUUAAGAAGUAUGAGUGAUGCUUCGCAUAGCCUAUGCAUCUUUCUGCCAUUGCUAUUUGAAAUAUUGUUGAAUCGCAAUCCAUGUGAAGUAUUCACCCAGAGAGGGAAGUGUGUCCAAGACAAGAUUUGUUAACUAUCCCAAAAUGACAACAGGUUAAACAUAAGAGGAAACAGGGAAGGUUUGAUGGGUUUAGAAAAGACAGCAAGGCGACGUAAGAGUCCAGAGCGACACUGACUCCAGAACAAGAAUUGCUAAACCUACAGUAACAACUGCAGUUCAGAUGUUAGCUAAUAUCCCGUUCCCCUCAGCUUUCAUAGUCUUUAUAGUCUGUCACAGUCACAACCCAGUAACUGUGUCUCACAGUGAAAGAGCAACAACAGCUACUAUCUGCCACCAGCCCAGUGGAUGCACAGAGAUUCAAACAGUUGGCCAGUCAGACUUUUUGCUCAGCCAAGUGUAUCAUGAUGCUCCGAGGGACUGUCGGAGUGCCCAUAUCUCUGACAUAUAGGUCCAUCACUCUUAGUGUGUAAUGUUGUCUGUGCAUGUGUGUGUCUGUGAGAGAGAGAGGGAGAAAGAAAGAGAGACAAAGAGACUGGGGUAGAGAGCUUUUAGAUGCAAGCUGAGCGUGUAGCUUUUAGAGACAAUGUAGUAGCAGUUAUCUAAAAUGCCACUCUUCUUAACUCAAGGCCAGAACGACUGUGGUGCUCUGUAUAUUCUGCUCCAUCUUAGCACACUGUUUACAGACUGUGUAUAUACUGAACACAUGCAUGUAGUAAAUCAAACAAAGAAAACAGAGAGGAAUGUCUUGCUACGCUCACUAGAGAUCAGAUCUACGAGCAUGUGUUGACUUAUGAGAUAAGCUGCAGUAUCAGCCAGAGCCAGUUACUGGGAAUUGGAGAGAGGAAAUAGAAGGAAAGAGAGGAAAGGUUGGGAAGGAAAAUAUGAUAAUGAAAGUAAGAUAAACACUGCCCACACCCUCUGCUUUUUACUUUGAUGUGUACUUGUAUUUCUCUACUCUGUACUGGAACACCUACGUGACUUUAUGUGACUUGAAGGCUUCGUCUGGACUGCCGUCUUUUCCACUCUCGUUACCAAGUACACAAUUGAUGUGACACUCUCUGUCAAGACGGAGACACUCUCCUCGAGAAACCAACGAGACGGCACAUUUGGAUCUGAACCAUGGAAAACACAUCUUUGCUGUACUUCACAACACAGACAAGAGGACACUUGAUACACACGACGGACAUUUGAAUACAUACAGCCAGUGUACACACGUGUACGCACACUGCCCAUAACCUUUAUGGUGACCUCUGCUGUCAGGACAAACACAUACCUGUGGUUUUAUCAAACUUUAAGGCCACAAACUGAAUGGACUUAAAAAACCCACUGAUGGUGGUGAACACACGUAGCCAUGUAAACAAUGUAUCUAACUGUUACAGCUUCUUUUAAUGAUGUCUUAAAAUGCCUAAAAGCUUCAGCUUUAAAAUGAGCUUCUGCCAUGUACAGAUUCCUGUGUAGCAGGGAAUCGAAGUGUAUGCUUGCUGAACUAAUCAAAGAAAACUCAAGCUGUAUAGUAGGUGAAUUAUCUUGUAGGGACAAAGGAUGGAAGUAUAUUAAAAAAAAAAAAAUCAAAAGAAAUGUAAUUUCUAUGAGAACUUUAACUUAUUUGUGUCAUCAGACACUGAUUGAGCUUAUGUUUGUUCUUGUUUUUUUUUUUUUUUUCCAGUAUGUUUUUGUAUUUGAAUGUUAUAAUUAGCACACCUUUGAGCCUCACACAGUGCAUGGGCUGAGGUUUGACUGAAAUGCACUUUCAGACCUUGGUCAAAUAGAUUCGGUCUUGAUACAUAUUUGCCCCCAGACAAUAACUCCCACUUAUUAUACUUUCUCUCUUCCUCUGCUCUCUUCAACCAUUCAACCAGUCAGAAGUGUGUUUGAAUGUGCUUUAGAUAAUCCUCAGCUCUUUCACUGUAUUAUGUUCUCAUGGUGCAUUCUGCUCAGCUAUCUGUAUAAAACCUGUUUUUUUUCUACCAUUGUAAGGAAAAGACUGAACCAAGAUGCAAACUGUACGCCGUUACACACAAAGGGAAUAUGGAUCUGAACACUUGACAUGCCCUUCACAAGGACUUUCAAUGAAUAUAAACUGAUUAAUAGAGAACAUCUAAAAAGAGAUACUUUCAUCAUUCAAAAUAAUUGUAAAUUAAAAACUCUUAUGAAUAAUAAUAAUAAUAAUGGUCUGAUGAUUAUAUCAA